AUGAACAAUUUGAAAGAUCUAAUUGCUGCUAAGAAACGGGCUUUAUCUUCUAUAGCUACUGAUAUUGUAAGUUUUAACGUUUUUCAAUGAUUGUGUAUAGUGUUAAUCUGUUUUACUUAUUUGCAUUAAGAGAUCGUGAUUUUUAUUUAAUAUUUUUGGUUCAGAAUGGUACAAAAGCGUUAAAGUUAGCAGAUUUAGCGAAAAAGAAGGAAGAAGAACGAUUGGCAGUCGAAUCUAAAAGGAAAAAGCUUGAAAACGAGGAAGUUGAAGUAUGUCUUACAUAUUUUGUUUGAUUUUUAGGUGAAACUAACAACUUUUUGAUUCAGCUUAUGAUUUACAGAAACAAAGAUUCUGUUAAACGAUCUUGUAUACAUUUUAAAUCUUUUAGAGCACAAGCAACUUCCCCGCAGCAAUAAACUUGGACGAUGAUGCAGAGGUUCCUCGUGUUGAUGUGAUAAAACGGCUUCGUGCUCGAGGAGAACCCAUAUUGUUGUUUGGAGAAACGUUUAGGGAAGCUCAAAAGCGUCUCAGGAAGUUGGAAAUUGAACAGCCCGAGCUUAAAGAAGGGUGGAAGAACGAGUUUCAAGCGGCUUUGGAUAAAGUUAACGAAGAGUUGGUGGAUGAAGUUAUAAAAGGAAAGUCUGACAAAUAUGAGAAAGGGAAGCACGAUGUUAACAUGCCAGACUCUCACGCAGAGUCUUGGGAUAAAAUUAGUGUAAGUUUCGGUUUGUUUAAGUUAUGUUAGCUAAGUUGUGUUAAAUUUUAGGUUUGUAGAUAACGUUUUCUGAAGUUAUAAAGAAGUUUAAAGGAUUUUGGGUGAACUUUAACUUAAAUUGUUAAAAAAGUUAAAACAUGACUAUUUUUAGUCCAUGGCCACGCUGCUUGACCGUGACAACGACACAAACCGGGAUUGCGAUAUUAUUCAUUCGUUCUUGGUGCAUAUUCUGAAAAAGUGGGGAAAUGAUCUCAAUAACCGAAAUGAAGAAGUAAAACGAUCUCCAGUGGGUAAAUUAGAGUCAGGUACGCAUAUUCAAACCAUGACUAAUUUGCGACCUUUAAUGGGACAGUUGAGGGCACAUCAAUGUCCAAAUGACAUCCGAGGACAUUUGUGCAAAAUCAUAAGGUUAUGUGUGUUGGACAGGGAUUUUGUGCAGGUAUGAGGUUGUUUUUGAUGUUUUAGGUAAUUUUAUUGAUUUUUACGUCAUUUUAUGUGUAAAGUUCUUUAAAAAGAGAAAUGGCAAAAACUUUUUUUUCCAAAGCAAUUUUUUUUCAAAUUUUUUGAAAUUUUUUAGUUUUUUUUAAUGUCUGCCAUGUUUAGGCCAACAACGCUUAUAUGGAGAUGGCGAUCGGAAAUGCACCAUGGCCAAUGGGAGUAACACGAUCCGGUAUCCAUCAACGGCCAGGGUCGGCCAAAGCCUAUGUCUCUAAUGUUGCUCAUGUUCUGAACGACGAAACUCAGCGAAAGUAUAUUCAUGGAGUGAAGAGAAUCAUCACAAAAUGUCAGGAUUACUAUGCUACUGACCCAUCAAAGUGUGUGGAAUACGUGAAAAGAGAAACUCUGCAGUUUUGA